GAACCUCCGCAGCCCUGUAGGUUUGGAAGGCUUAAAUCCAAGUUUGGAAAGGCUUUUUCCAUUCCAAAUGAUUUGCUGGCUUAAGCGCUUAAUUAGGAUGGCUUUUGAACAAGUUGGAUUAAACAUGGAAUCAGUGCUUUGGUCAAGCAAGCCUUAUGGUUCAUCUCGAAGUAUUGUAAGAAAAAUUGGUACUAACCUCUCUCUUAUACAGUGUCCAAGAGUUCAGUUUCAGCUUACUUCUCAUGCCACAGAAGGAAACCAUCCUAAUCAAAUUAGAGAAGAUGCAGUUGCCUCCUUUGCGGAUGUGGGAUGGGUUGCUCAAGAAGAAGGUGAAGUCUCUACAAGGCUCAGGUCAGAAGUUUGGUCAAAACCAGCCCAGCCUCUUUCAGGUGGACUACAUCAUUCUGGAAAGUCCCCAUGCAGACAGAUGUCCUUACAAAACCCGCUGGAAGAAGAACCAGUGUCCAGAAGCGUAGUGACCGCAAAUGAAGAAGCUCUGCAGAAGAUUAGCGCUCUAGAAAAUGAACUAGCCACUUUAAGAGCACAAAUCGCCAAAAUUGUAAUCUUGCAAGAACAACAGAACCUGACAGCAGCUGGGUCAAGUUCAGUUGCUUCAGCUGCUGUCCCUGUUGCACCUCCACCACUGCCACCUCCUCCUCCGCCACCACUCCCUCCUCCCCCGGGUCUACAGCAGAGUAUGUCUGCCAUUGAGCUCAUUAAAGAAAGGAAAAACAAAAAAACAAACUCUGGACAGAAUCUGACAGAAAACGGGCCAAAGAAGUCUGAAAUACCAAACAUGCUAGAAAUCCUCAAAGACAUGAACAGCGUGAAACUGCGCUCAGUGAAAAGAUCAUCAGAAGGUGCAAAAUCUAAAGUGGCUGACCCUACAGAUCCUGCCGCAUUAAUAGCGGAGGCGCUUAAAAAGAAAUUUGCUUAUCGAUACCGAAAUGAUAGCCAAAGUGAAACAGAAAAAGUGAUUCCAAAGACUGAAACAAAGACAAAGACUGAGGUAGUGCUGUUUGGACCACACAUGCUGAAGUCUACAGGAAAAAUGAAGACUUUAAUUGAAAAAUCUUAAUACAUUAAGAUCACUACGCAAAGGACUGUUAAGCUGUUUUGUCUGAAAUUUUUUAUGUUGCAAAUAGCACUAGUACUGACUGGUCUUACAACACAGGAAAACCUAAUGUGAAAUGUAGAAUUGAGGCACUAAACAUGUUUGUAUGUGAUUUAUCAAGGGGAAUAAAUUUGACCGUUAUACUCAGGUAUUAAUUCUGUAUUCAAACCUGGCUUUCUACUCAGACUUCUGUGGUGGUUUUAGUUUAUUAACACUAAGUUAUAAAUACAACAAUCUUUGUGCAUAACUGACCACCUUAAAAAUUUGUGUACAUGUUAAUAAUGAUAGUGAUACACCCUUAAGUUAAUAUUGGUUAUUUGAGCUCUAACUGUAACUUGCACUACAACAUUUAGUUUGAUACUGAAA